AUGCUUUCUCUUCAAAGCCUGGCCAUUCUUGGCAUCUUUCUAUCGGCUGUUAAUGCAGGAGAAGUACUAUCGAAAAGGGAACCUCUGCUAGAAGGGCGACAAACAAUCUGUCGAACCCCAGGCUGGGUGCCUGACUGCCCCGGACUUUUCUCUUGCGUUCCCCCAGGAGGUAUCUGCUGCGACGAUGGCAUAACCUACGUAGAAGCUCCAGAAACUUGCCCUGACGGAACCCAAGCAAUCACCACAGCACGAACCGGGUCUGCAGCGCCAGCGCCGACAACCAUCCCAACAACUAUUACAACUCCACCGGCGUCGACUCAGACAUUUGCUGCCAACUAUGUUUACUUCACAUAUGAGAUCACUUGGUAUUAUUACUACUACUACUACACAUACAUCCAAUUCUCCACCGCCCUCACAUCCUCCCAAGUAACUACCAUCACGACAGUCAGCGUACAAGCAACCGACUCCGCACAAGCAACUCUGCUUUUGAGCUCCUUGAGCGCAACUCUAGCGUUCCCUACACCCACGCAAACCGCAACAGCUGUGAGUGGUGUCGCUCCAGUAAUAACGCCUAUUAGCACUGGCACCACUACACCUGCAAGGAAUGCAACUUCGGCUGUGCCCACCUCUACGCCGGUGCAGUUCACCGGUGGUGCUAGCUUUGGGGCUAGUAAUAGUGGCUUGUGGGUCAUGACUGCUUUAAUGGUCCUGCCGGGCUUUUUAAUGAUGUGGCUUUGA